UGCGGGAGCUAUGGGAUUACUGCAGGGUGGUGACGUGGGCGCUCCCUUUCCCCCCUCGUUUGGGGAGUGAUGCACGCUUACAAAAUGCACAUUUACUUGUCAUCCACCGUGUGUUCCUAGUUAGGAAAGUGUUAACUCAGAGGCCCCAGCUCAUCACAUCCUCUGUAGAAAGCUGCAUUUAAGGGUUGAGUGACAGCCUCGAUCAUGCUUGCAGGAGUGCAUUUAUGGGAGAACCUUUAACAAGCUGUAUUUCAUUUGCAGCUGUGCUGACUUGUUUCUUUUGGGGGGGGAAUGGGGUGACAGUUCUAACUGAAGAAACAAACUGACCUACAUGUGCUUCGCUAUUCAUUGGAAGAAUGACAGAUGACAAAGAUGUGCUUCGAGAUGUGUGGUUUGGACGAAUACCAACCUGUUUCACUCUGUAUCAGGAUGAGAUAACUGAAAGGGAAGCUGAACCUUACUAUGUUUGCAUCACACAGCAGUCUCAUAGCCCACAGGCUGAAUCAUUUUCCUGUGAAGCUGAAGCAGAAGUACUUCAGUCCUCCUAAUGGACAUUUAGUGUAUGGGAUCAAACUGGAGUUGCUUUUGCCGAGGAUAAGCUACUUGACAUUGGUAACAGACAAAGUGAAGAAACACUUUCAGAAAGUUAUGAGACAAGAGGAAGUUAAUGAAAUUUGGUUUGAAUAUGAAGGCACACCCCUGAAAUGGCAUUACCCAAUUGGUUUGCUGUUUGAUCUCCAUGCGUCAAAUACAGCCCUUCCUUGGAGCAUCACAGUGCAUUUCAAGAAUUUUCCAGAAAAGGAUCUUCUACACUGCCACUCUAAGGAUGUGAUCGAAGCUCAUUUUAUGGCUUCUAUAAAAGAAGCAGAUGCAUUAAAGCACAAAAGCCAAGUUAUCAAUGAGAUGCAAAAAAAGGAUCAUAAGCAAUUGUGGAUGGGAUUACAAAAUGAUAAAUUUGAGCAGUUUUGGGCAAUAAAUCGAAAACUCAUGGAGUAUCCUCCAGAAGAUAGUGGAUUUCGAUACAUCCCAUUUAGAAUUUAUCAGGCAACCACAGAAAGACCUUUUAUACAGAAGCUAUUUCGACCAAUUGCUUCAGGAGGACAGAUGCAUACUUUGGGAGAUCUGCUAAAAGAUGUGUGUCCUAGUGCUAUUGACCAUGAAGAUGGAGAGCAGAAGACUCAAGUGAUGAUUCAUGGAAUUGAGCCAAUGCUGGAAACACCCAUACAAUGGCUAAGCGAACAUAUGAGCUAUCCAGAUAAUUUUCUCCACAUUAGUAUCAUUCCCCGACCUACUGAUUGAAACUCAGCUAUUGAAACUCAGCUAUAUUGGUAUGAGGAUCAUUCUCAAGCUGGAAUUAUAAGGGCAUGUCAACUGCUUGCUUCUGUCAGUCUUGACAGAGGCAGCCUGACCAGAAAAAAAAGAAAAAACAAAAAACCUGAAGUCCUCACUGCUGCAAGCCAAACAGGAAGAGAGAUCCUAUUGUCAGAUAAGGGCAAUUGGGCUGAUCUUAUUUUGCAUCACCACUGCUUUUCUUCACCGCUGUAAUUAAAUCAGUUGCGAUAUGAAAGAAUUUACAGGACCUCUGCAAGUCUGCUGUUUUCUUGUAAAAUAGAAUGAAGCUGAAACUGUCAGCCGAAGAGCAAAUGGAAAUAUGCCACUUGAUUGUAUUUCUGAUUAACAAAUAAACAGGGCUGUUUCCUAAAGCGGUAGUGUUUCAACUUUGAGAGUGGAAACAUUGGUUUAAUUUUCUAGAAAGUUAGACAGUGAGGGAUUCAGUUACCAAUGGCUUUUUGUAAAAGAUCAAAUUACUGUAAACCCAUCUUUCCUUAAUGAGAAGUUCAUGUUUACAGUAUGUGUAUUGGUAUGCAAAUGAUCUUUUAACUUUGAUAACAAGCAGUGAGAAAUUUUAAAGCAAACCCGUGAGCAUGUUUUGUCAUUUAAAAACAUGCACAACUUAAUAAUUUACAAAUACUUUUGGUUUGUAUGCUGUCACUGAAUGCUCCAGUAUGUUUAUUAUUCAAACCAGUUUUCAUAGAGUAGCAAUGAUGUAGGAUAAUUUGGCUCAGGAUUUGUCAUGGCAUUUCUUUGUGCUCAUCUAAUUAUUUUUUUUUUCCCUGUAAGAGUAUUUUCUUAAUUUAGUUUAAAAAGUUAAUAAAAAAAGAGUAAACGGAUGUUGCAAACGAUUGUAUCCUGCUGUUUAUUCCCAUAGACUAGAAAACAAUUAAAUCAUAGAAUGAUGAGCAGAUGUAUUGCUUUUAAAUAAUCUUGAAUUUUUGAAAGCUGAGACUUUUCCAAACUGGUACUUCCUUACAUCUGAGUAUACUUUUCUGUUGUGGUCCCUGAGCAAUCAGGCUGAAAUUUGGAGGCUUCUAAUCUCAUUGCACAGAUUUUUUUUUUGUAGUUUAGCAGAUGUAUUUUUAGGUUCUUGGAUUGCUUUGGUUUCUAAAUGUUUGUUACCAUUGCAGCUGCUACUAGGUACCUACCAUUUUUUUGUUAACCUGAAUUCAUCAGACUGUGUGCUACAUCACUCUGUCUUCAGUUUGUGGCUGUUUGUGGCACAAGACUGUGUUUGUAGUAGACAUAUUAUCAAAUAUGUCAAAUAUUAUCAAAUAUAAAGAGAGCAUGACGUUUUUGUUUCAAAAAUAGUAACUGUUGAAAUUCCUACUCAAAGUUUUGGCCUGCAAAUGUCCAGGUAAUUCCCAUUGUUUUUCCGAUUAGUUUCCAUGCUCCCUUUAUGGUAAGACACUUACCGAAAAUUGAAAAUUGAUCAAAUAAAACCUGUUUAAGAAGCAAGAUUGGAAGGCUCUCCGUGGGUGAAGAUAGAAUUGAGGCUAAAAAAAGCCUUAAGGGCAGAGUAAGUCAGUAGACAAAUCAGAUGAUGUUUUAAAUGUAAAUGAGGAAAUAGCAUUAAGGAAAUGGAAGGGAAAAGGUAAUGGUGAAAUAAACCGAUGUUGUAUUCUGCAGGUCAUGAGCAACUUCUAAAACAAACCAAACCAUGCUGAUCUGUGUUUAUGCAGAAUUGAAAUACAAUAUUCUUAUAGUGGGAUGAUUUGGUUGAGUCAUUCUAAUUUCCAGUUCUGUUUGGAAUUUCUGUUAUGGUGUUGGAUUGGCAUUUAUAAACUUUCCUAGGCAGAGACAUCUAAAUAUUCUGGGGAAUUUCAAGGUCCUGCCAAUGGGUAAAGCAAAUAUUUUGUAGUCUUCAUAUUAAAAAGUCUUUUGUAGGGAUAAUUUUUCCAUUAAUCAGGAUAAGAGACAGUACAUUUAAAAACCUCUAAAGAUUGUGUUUCCUUCAUUUUAAGGUAAGCUGGAGUAAGUCACUGGCUAUUUUAAUAUAUUCUACACCAGCAUCUUCUCAUGGCCUGUAAAUCCAAUUUUUAAGGCCUAGCAUGGAACAAAGGGUAGCUUGGCAUUAAACUCUUUUAUUUUAAUGAUUUAAACUUUAUUAAAAAAAAUAAAACAAA